AUCAUCUUCUUCUUCGAUGCAAUCCCCUUACUCCUCUUCUUUCCUCACCAUGAAACCUUACCAUCUCCUCCGCUUCAUCUUCCUCCUCCUCUCCCUCUCCUUCUCCUCCUCCUUCCCUAUAAACAUCUGGCCCAAACCAACCAACAUCUCAUGGCCCAUUCCCCACUCCUCCCCUCUCUGCCCUUCCUUCACCAUCCACUGCUCCCAAUCCUCCCACCCCCACCUCUCCCGCGCCAUCUCCCGCUACACCGAUCUCCUCCUCGCCGACCACCACCAGCCACUCCUCCCCCCUUCCCUCCCUUCCUCCCCUCACCCCAUCUCCUCCCUCUCCAUCUCCAUCUCCAACCCCUCUGCCCCUCUCCACCACGCCGUCGACGAAUCCUACACCCUCUCCAUCCCCCUCUCCGGUCCCGCCUUCCUAUUCGCAUCCACUCCCUGGGGUGCCAUUCGCGGCCUCGAAAGCUUCUCUCAGCUCACUUGGUCUGCUGAUUCCCAGAUCCUCGUCGCCGCCGGAAUCCACAUCUCCGAUCGUCCCCUGUUUCCGCACCGAGGCUUGCUUCUAGACACUUCGAGAAAUUUCUUCACGGUGGAGGAUAUUAUGAGGACGGUCAGGGCAAUGAGUUACAAUAAGAUGAAUGUUCUUCACUGGCAUAUCACAGAUUCUCAGUCGUUCCCGAUUCUUCUUCCGUCGGUUCCGGAUCUCGCAAUCAAAGGCUCGUAUGGGCCGGAGAUGAGGUACUCGCCGGAAGAUGUCCGGCGGAUUGUUGACUAUGCCAUGGGCUAUGGCGUUCGAGUCAUGCCGGAGAUUGAUGUGCCUGGUUAGAUUUCUUAAUUCCUGUCUUAUAU